AUGGGACGGAAUGAGACAUGGUUUGGAGGUCCCGAAGGUGCCGCUCUACGCCUGCGUGAAGUGACACAGGUAUAUGCGAAUCUGCGACCUUGUGGAUAUUUUGCAGCAGGAAACAGUCCUCUCGGAGAGGAACUUGUUUGUUCGUGGGACGAAGUUCCUUGUUUUUCACGAGAAUUGUGGUCUUAUAAGCGCUCUGGAAUUGAGCGUGUUAUUCGCAUAGCGGCACAUUUGGCCAUCCCCAAGGCGAGCCCGAAGAAGACUGUCAUUAGUUCUGAGAAGGCCAAUGUUUUGGCUGGCUCGCGAUUACGGUGGAAGGUUGUUCAAGAGACAAUGAAUAGAGAAUUUCCGGAUGUUGAGAUCGUGCAUCAACUUGGGAUUCGUCCCACGUUCUUCAAUGGAUUUAUUCCUGCCAAUAACAAAUCAGGUGAGUUGCUGUCUGAUCUUGCUGGUGUUAUCCCGGGGACACUUGGUGUGUUGCCAUCGGCCUGUUUUGCAGACAUUCCUAUUAAGCAAUGGGGUGAUAAGCCGGUCAAGGGUUUCUACGAGCCAGUGCAUGGAUCGGCGCCAGAUAUUGCAGGCCAGGGAACUGCGAAUCCUAUCGGAGCCAUUCUCAGUGCAGCUCUCAUGCUCAGGUAUAGCUUUGAAAUGGAAGAGGAAGCUACUGCAAUUGAGAAAGCUGUCAACCUGACUUUAGAUGCCGGGCUUCGGACAAAAGUUAUGAAGGGUACAGCUUCCACGACUGAGACUGGAGAUGUGAUUAGAAAGACAUUGUUGGAAUUAUUAAAUGCACAAGUCUUCUAA